AUGUCCGGAGCAGAAGGCCGUGUCGCUGACCAAGCUGACUUGCUUGCAAGCCUGCCUAGCAGCCCAGAAGAGGUGUCUGGAGCGGAGGCGGGGAGCGCAGGGUCCCCAGAAGGGGAACUGGGGGCCCAAGAUGGGCGCCCACUGGACCACACCAACGCCGAGAGUCAAGUUACGGAUCCCAUACCCUCUAGAGACAACAGUGAUGUGGAAAACCUAGAGGACCCUGAGAAUUUAUCACUGAGUGAUGAAAACCUUUCAGAUGGUGGCCACAGAACCAAUGUCUUUCAGGCCAAGUUCCUCCCCAAUUCUGCUGACUCUGUUGUAGCCACGUGUGGCCGUGAUGGGCAAGUACGCAUUGCAGAGCUGGCCUCCAUGCCCCAUUACAAGAUUACCAGGUGUGUGGCCCAGCACAGGGGAGCCGCCCACAAGUUGGCCCUGGAGCCAGACUCCCCCUAUAGGUUCCUGAGUGCUGGUGAAGAUGGCAUGGUCUUCGCCAUUGAUCUCAGAUUACACCAGCCAGCCUCACCACUGGUGGUUGUCAGAGACAGGGAGAGCAAAGUAGGGCUGUACAGCAUUUUUGUGAACCCUGCCGAUGUCAAUCAGUUCGCAGUGGCUGGAAAAGAUCAGUUUGUUAGGAUAUAUGACCAGAGAAAGAUUAACUCAAUUUCGAACAACGGUGUCCUUAAAAAAAUUUGCCCUCCUCAUUUGCUGGGCAAUGACAAAAUGAGUGUCACUUGCGUGGUGUAUAGCCAUGAUGGCACAGAGCUCCUUGCUACUUACAAUGAUGAUGACAUUUACCUCUUUAAUUCCUCUGAUGAGGAAGGAGCCCAGUAUGUUAAGAGAUACAAGGGCCACAGGAAUAAUGCCACUGUGAAGGGGGUCAAUUUCUAUGGCCCCCGAAGUGAGUUUAUAAUGAGUGGUAGUGAUUGCGGGCACAUCUUUUUCUGGGAGAAGUCAUCCUGCGAGAUAGUCCAGCUCCUGGAAGCAGACAGCGAAGGGCCAGUUAAUUGCCUUGAUCCCCAUCCUUACCUACCUGUGCUAGCGUCCAGUGGCCUAGAUCAUGAAGUCAAGGUCUGGGCCCCCACAGGAGCAGGUCCCAGUGAUCUUAGGGGAUUAAAAACCGUGAUUAAGAAGAACAAGCUGGAACGAGAUCAUGACAAUGUAAGCCAAAACAGCAUGUUGGAUAGCCACAUGCUUUGGUUCCUCAUGAAUCAGCUGUCACAGAGAGGUCAUCGCUAUCCCUGGCAAACUGUUGGACUUGGAGGCAUGGAUGAAGAACCGGAAGAUUCCUCCAGCACCUCAGAUUCAUCCGACGACGACGAGGGGAUCCCAGACGCAGCGCAGGGCAUGGCUUCCUAAAGACAUCUUCCUCUGUCUAGCAAAUGAUACCUCCAUGGAGUGGACUUUGAAAUUCUACUUGGCCAGUAGAAAUUUGCCUUUUGACUUCUAUCCAUUUUCAAAAAGUAUAUUAAAGACCAAAUCUUCUUUCUCUUUCUUCAUAUUUUUUCUCCAUUCCUUUCCAUUCACUUGAUGUCUUUACUCCAAAUUCAAAUGUAUCUGCAGUUGAUAGGCCUAUUUUCCAUUGCCUGUUCUCUUAUGGUUGACUACUUAAAUUUCAUAAUUUUAGGGAAAAUGUAAAAACCUCAUUGGCUCUGCUUUUCUGACCUGCUGGAAACUAUUAGUUAAAAUUCAUCAUUAACUAUUGAUUUAAAAUCUCAAGUUGCUCAGUUUAAACAAAAUUUGUAGAAACAUGUUUAUACCAUUGAAGGAAAACAUGAUUUUGUUUCUUGAACACUUACACUUUUUCAUGAACACCCAAUACAUCCACAAAGAUAGCCUCAAACACUCACCAAAAUACAGUGGGUAAAUAGUUUCUUUUUUUUUCUUCUAAGCCCCUCUCGAAGUUAAAUUUGAUUUAAUACCAUUGUUUACACUUUCAAUGUUCUUUAUAUUUUAUUACUGACAGCAUACAUUAAAUGACUUUCCAGAAAGUGCCCUCGGGAAGACCAUUUCCUAUAAGAAUUCCGAUUGUUUGCAAAUGUACAAUUGUAUUAACUUGAAAAAUAACUUGCUAUGGCAAAAUGCAUUUGUUGAUGUUCAGAUAAAGUUGUUUUCCAUCUUUGAAAUAAAGUGAAAUUCUACUAGACAUCCAGCCAUUGCUUAAAAGUUCUGUUAGGCUUUUAUGUUGUUAAAUUGCUAAAUUAACAGUUAAAUUAGAACUGUGCAACUAUUAGGCUUAUUUUAUGUAAAUGCUGGAUACUGGAUAUCUCAAGAGCUGUUCAAUAAUAAUCAUUUGUUGUCUU